AGCCGCGAAAAUUACAUAUUGUGCUUUUAACUGCAGCUCUACAUGUUAAUAAAACACACAUAACCAAAUUUACCAUGACGCAGAAUUUGUUGGUUUUAUUUGUAGAUGCAGUGAUUCAAAUUAAGUUUGAAUCCGUUCUUGUAUUUUUAAUAUCGUUUUGGCUUUAAAAGCAGCAUUUCAGAUCUUCAAAACAGGCCUGUGUAUGAAUACAGAAUUAAUAUAGACAUAUUUUAAAAUCUCAGAGUCAGAAUGACUUUGCUCAAAGACUAAGUGCAAAGGUUAAGUGCAGUUUGAAAUAUGUCGUCAAGCCUGCAAGUGAGAAGAUCUGCCAUCUGUUUCCUUUCAUUUGCUUGCUCAAUGGUCCAUGCAUAUUCUGGACAGUUUCAUAACUGUAGUAUUUGUCACUGUCUAAGUAUAUAGCCUAACCCAACAGCAUUCUAUGUUUUCUCGUCUUCUGCUUGAGUCCACUGAUGUGGUCUUUUCUAAAUUAUUCUUUAAUGUAGUUAUGAAUAAUUUACAUAAAAGUGGAAUUGAUGGUCAUUGUCAGUCAUGCAGAGAGAAUCAGUCUUGCAGAGAACUCGCGUUCUCAGAGUUUGGCAGGAAAACAGAAACCUGUAUGCAAAAAUGGCAACCGUGCAUCCGGUGUAUUUUUUUUUAAACAAUGACAUUGUCAUGCUAGAUGUUGCAUGAAGACCUGAUAGUCCUAACCAGUGUUGCUGUAUCAACUUGAGUACCUGAAAUUAUGAUCCAGCUGGGUAUAUUCUUGAGUCUUUUUACCAAAUUGGCAAAUGCAGAUUUCAAUGUUGGGCUUGGAGUGAUGACUCUCAGCGACCGGACGGAUCUGACAUGCUGUCACUGGGACAAGGCUAUGUGCUUUUUCUAUGCUGAUUCAAGAAACAUUGGUCAGCAAAAUUCCUCUGACAAUUGCUGUAAACUUACUGUCAGUGGAGAGCAACUGUUACAGGGAAACGCUGGAGAGGAGCUCCGAACAACAAUUAUCGUCCACUGUGAACUCAAAGCUGACAACAAAAUGAGCCAAAAUGUCACCAUUACAGUGUGGAGGAUAUCCCUUUCUGGUAAAUACAUUCUUAUAUUUCUGGUUAUCCUGGGGACACUGAUUCUGCUCUCUUUGCUCAUCUCCAUCAUCCUAUGUAUUAUCUAUGUGACCAAAAAACAAGGGUAUAGACAAAAGUUUCAUCCAGCAAGAACUCAAGUAAUGGACAAUGACAACCGAGAUGCAAAUUCUGGUACUGUUGAAGUGCAGGAAGAGAAAACAGAGACCGUAGAGGAUGAGCUAUUAUAUGCCACAGUGAAUCAUUCAGGUGCUGGUGAAAACUCUGCUCCUGCAGUGAAGUUUGAAUCAGGAACUGACUACGCCACAGUGGUCAUACACUGA